AUGUCUUAUACUGGUUCUUGUCUUUGUGGUGAAGUUUCGUUGAAGCUUAUUGGUGAACCAUCCCGCUCCUUUGUUUGUUACUGUGUCGAUUGCCGUAAAGGUUCUGGUCACUUGGGUCAGUUCAUUAGCCAAUAUGCUACUGACAAGGUAGCAGUUUUUGAUAAGAACGGUACUGUUGCUGAAUAUGUUGUUGAACAAACCAAAAGUGGUCAUCCAAAGAGAAAGCAAUUUUGUAAACGCUGUGGGUGCACCAUUCGCACGUUGCCAAUGAAAUUCAAUGGGGAAGUCAGUAUGGUUAGACAAUCGUUGGUAGAUGAGAACUUUGCAAAGUUGGCUCCGCAGUUGGCCAUGUUUGAGGAGGAAAAGAGUAGGUAUACGGAAGGGGCCAAAUCUGAAUAUUUGUAG